CCAACUCAACUAUACCAACAUCCUAAAAAGUGUUGUGUUUUCUCAGAAGAGAAAAGAACAAAUGGGGACAAAGAAGGCAUAUAUAUGUGUGAAAACUCGAUCAGUUCAGAGGCGCCAAAACAAAACACAUCAGAAAGGCUCUUCUUCUUAUUCGCUUGACUUCCUAUAUUAAGACCUUCUAACUGUAAAACAGUGCCAUUUCUCUGCUAUACAUACGACAACAAACCACUUCACUUAUUACCAUAUCAAUAACCCUUCUCUCUCUCUCUCUCUCUCUCUCUCUCUCUCUCUCUAUUGUGUCCUUUCUUCUUCUUCAUCCUUCAAUGGAUUUUCCAAUACCAGAACCAUCUCCUUCUGAAACUUCAACAAUCAUCUCUGCUUCAGAGUCUUCUCCACCAUGUCCAAAGGAGGAUCGAACAACAGACCAAAUCAACCCCAAUUCCCAACUGGGUUUAGAUCUCAGCCUUUCUAAUAACGAUUCCGAUCAUGGGUCGAACCCAGAACUCAAUUUAAUCGACUGUUUCGAUGUGAAUUUAGCAACAGAACCUACAGAUACAGAAACAGAGCCAAGGGUUUUCUCUUGCAACUAUUGCCAGAGGAAAUUUUACAGUUCUCAAGCUCUUGGGGGACACCAAAAUGCCCACAAAAGAGAGAGGACUUUAGCAAAGAGGACUCAACAGGUGGGGUUGGGCUCUAAUUUUGGGCUUGCUCAUCGGUAUUCGAGUUUGGCUUCUCUUCCUCUUCAUGGGUCGUUUAGUAGGUCGCUUGGAAUUCAAGCUCAUUCCAUGGUUCAUAAGCCUUCUCUUCAUGUUUCUGCAAUUGGGUCGUCCGGGAUUUAUGGUCACAGUGGAUGGUCAAGGCAGCCGCUCGAUCAACACCCCGCGAUUGGCCGAUUGAUACAGGGAAAUCCCCACGUUGGAAGUCUUAGAGGCAUUUCGUCGAACACUGGAGCUGCAAGGUUUGAGGGUGUGAAGAAAUUCUCUCCGGCGGCUGUCACGGAGGCGCCACCGCCUCUCGGAGGGUUCUGGUGGGAUAGCGGCGGCGGCGGUGGCGGUGGCGAUGGUGAUGGUUUUAGUCAUCUGAAGAUGAAGCCUAAACAAGAUGAAUUGUUGAAGCUUGACUUGUCUCUUAAGCUCUAAUCAGAAAAGGAACUUUCCUUCAAUUUUAUUUUUUUUCUUCUCUUUUUUUUCCAUUUUUUGAAAAUUUGAUGCUUUCUGCUAAGAGGGAAUUGAUUUAGAUCCUUCCUUCCACCACCCACCCCCCCUCCCAACCUUGUUUCCAAUACUUGAGAAGAUUGUCUCUGUAAAUAAUCCAUUUUGGCAACAUAAGAAGAACACAAAAGUAAACCUGUUGAAGAGAAAAUUCCCAUUUAUUACAUGACAAAAAAAAGAAUCAAUAUAUUUGUUAAAA